UACUGCCGCUGAACAGCUGAGUCAUCGAACAAACAUCACUUCCGCGUGACUGAAGCUCUACUUCCUGUGUGGUGGACACGAGCAGAAGCGAAAGAACUCAGAUUCAAACACAGAGCAGCAGCGCGAUGCUCGGAACAUGACGGCGCUCCGCUGCUUCAGCGUCUGUUCUCUGCUUCUGCUGAACGCGUCCGCGGGAUUUGGAGAUCUGAGGCGUCCUGAGAAUGUCAGCAUGGACUCGCUCAACACCCGUUAUGUGCUGCGGUGGGACUGGCCUCACGAGACCGCCGCCAACCAGACCGUCACCUUCACUGCGCAGUAUAUACCGGAGUUUCGGACACAGAAGAAGAAGAAUUAUGAGAAGUACUGGACAUCAGUGUGUGUCAAUGUUUUGGAGCAUCGCUGUGAUUUGACUGGAGCUGAUCUGCAUUACAAUGGCUUAUAUCUGCUGCGUGUGCGGGCCAACACGUCACAGCAGACCUCCGGCUGGGUCCAGAUCAGAUUCUGUCCUGAUAAACAUGCUGCUUUAGGUCCUCCCUCCAGCGUGACGCUGAACUCAGUUAAAGGAGAUCUAGAGAUCAUCAUCUCCGACCCUCUGAGCAGCACUAACCAGUCCAUGAAAACUUUGCUGGACAACAGGUUUAGCUACCACAUCCAGUACUGGAGGCGCUCUGAAGAGCCUCAGACGGCUAAAGUCCUGGACACGAAGAACAGUGUUGUGAUGCUGACUGAGCUGGACAGACAGACGUGGUACUGUGUGAGAGUUCAGAGCCGUGAUGACUUCUAUGAGAAGAGAAGUGUCUUCAGCGACACACACUGCACACGCACUGAAGGUCAGAUACCAUCCUGGCAGAUAUUCCUGUACUUCCUGAUUUCUCUGCUGCUGUGCUUCCUGCUGCUGCUGCUGCUGUUCUUCUGCUUUUACAAGAUGUUUACGCUGCUCAAGAACACCUUCUACCCGGCCUAUCAACUCCCGGAUCACAUUCAGGAGCUGUGGUUAAAUGAAUCCGAGAAGCCGCAGCUGCUGGCUCCUGAGUCUCCAGAGUCUGUGUGUGAGCCGCUGGUCGUGGUCAGUGCUGAGCUGGACGCUGUGGCGGUGGAUGAGCGCUCACACACUGGGGAUCAGGACUCCAGCGCACACAGCAGCGGAGACUCGGGCGUUUACUCCACAGAGGAGGACUCCUGUCACAGAUCCACCACACACGCUGACCUACAGAUGAGCAGCAGAAAGCACAGAGAAAAGCUGCAUGAUGGGAUGCUGCUGGACCCCUGUGCUUGAAACGGUCAACAGAUGUCAGACGGACAUGACUGUGGCUAUUUUCAGAUUUGCCUCUUCCAACAUCUGUCAGCUUAUUGUACAUGUAGAGACAGCAGCACCUUACUGAGGUUUAUGACAUUUGAGCCAUAUUUGUCAUAUCUGUUAACAUGCCGAUUUCUUAUGAUUCUUAUAGAAUCUUAAUUCAUUGUUGUCACUUGAUGUCAUUUCUUUGUUAGCUUUAACAACAGCAGGGUUUAUAAAGAGAAUGAACUGUCAUUUGUCAUCUCCUCUCAGUGUCAGAUUAAAAUGACCUCUAUCAUAUGUAAAUGACUUGUUCUUGUGUCUUUAAAUGGUCAUAUUUCCAGUCUUUAGCCCUAUAAAUUUAUGCUCGUGUUUGUGUGCUGUAUUUGUACAUACAGUGCUUUAGCUUUCAGAAGCAAUCAGUCAGUGUGUAUGUGUGUAUAUAUAUAUAUAUAUAUAUCAAAUUAAAUUAACUUAAUUUAAAUUAAUUUAAAUCAGCUGCUAAUCCAAGAGAUUCACAUAAUUUUACUAUGCACCGAUAUGUAACACUGGAUCAUUUUUCUCAAAUAAAU